CUCUUCUUCAGCCGUAUCUUUGGCAGGCAGCGUUUUUUCAGGAUUUGCACCACUAUCGUCAUGGUCAUUUCCUGGCUUUGGGCCACCAGCGUUAUCCUGGAAGCAUUUCUGACCUGUCGCCCGCUCGCGUACAAUUGGGAUAUAACUAUUCCCAAUGGAGUCUGCGGCAACCGACACGCAGCGUAUAUUGUGGCCGGCAUGCUAAACCUCCUCACGGACUUGAUGGUAAUGACACUUCCAUUACCUCAUGUUUGGAGACUGCAGUUGGGCACUCCAAAGAAAUUGGCUUUGUGCUUCGUUUUCUGCUUAGGAUUACUGGUAUCGGCCAUCAGCAUCGUUCGUCUCUUCUCGCUCAUAGCCAUUGAUUUCACCGACGUCACAUAUUCCGCGCAGAUGGGUAUAAUGUGGAGUGUGCUGGAGCCGGAACUGGCCGUCAUCUGUGCCAACAUGCCGCUGCUUAAGACAUUCUUAUCGCGCAUGCUCCCCAAGGCCUUUUCCACCCAAGAAAAUCAGUAUGGUGUGUCGGGUCCGCAAUCUGUCGAUCACCUGCAAGAGGAGGGG